CUCAGUACGAAGGCUUCAUCUCACCCUGUCGCCGCCGCCGCCAUGACAUCGCUACUGCGCCCAGCCCGACGUAGUCUAGCGACGACAAGUCUGGUGACACUUGCCGACCUCUCAUCAUACACCUCUACCCUCGCCUGCUCCUCCUCCUCUUCUUCCUCCUCGUCUCCAUCACCCGCACGCUCCUUUACCUCCUCUGCCAUUGCCCUAGGCAAGUCUCGCCCAGGAGAAGGCAAAGAUGCAGUCAAGGCCGCUCGGCGUCGGGAACGUCAGGCGAAGCUAGCAGCCGACCCUCACGUCAUCUCUCGCAACCAGACGUACCUUCUGUCAGACGCGUACCGCUUGCUGAAAUCCGUCGAGGUGACAAAACCUUUCAAUGCCUUUGAGAUCUACAUCAAGACUGGCAUUUCCUCGCACCAAGCCAAUGCGCUUCGUGGACGCAUCUCUUUUCCUCACUCUCCAGCACUUAAGCCUCCCAGGCUCCUCAUUUUUGCAGAAGACGGCUCCCCUGCAGCCGACGCAGCCAAGGCGGCUCAGAAAGCGGGCGUACCCAUCAUCGUAGGCGGUGCGGAGCUGAUCCAAGCCGUAGGCGAGAAUCGGGCAGGGGAUUUUGACAAGGUCCUUGCUUCUCCCGAUAUUAUGAGUGCAGUCAGCCGAGCUCUGGCUAGGAGUUUGGGACCGAGAGGUCUGAUGCCGAAUGUCAAGAGGGGGACAGUUGCUGCGAGUGAGGAGGAUAUGAGAAAGGCAAUUGAUGAGGCGAUUGGUGGGAUCGACUGGAGGGGAGAUAAGCAGGCAGUGAUUCGAGCUGCCGUCGGCCGACUGCACUUCACCGAGGCCCAGCUUCGCACAAACAUCUUCGCCAUGCUGACCUCGGUCCUAGAGCGCGCCACUUCUGGUCUCUCCGGUGGAGGCUCAACCGCCAAGGCUUCUCAGGAGGCUUCGAGUUUCAAGAUGCCAAAGAGGCAAGAGGGGACACCGCCCCCACCCGAGUUGAUCAAGAGGGCAAAGGCGGUGAUCAAGGGGAUGCACAUUAGCUCUACGCAGGGCCCAGGAGUCAAGAUUGACCUGGCAGACGUCUUGUAGAGGAUUUUGAGCAGAUUGAUCAGAGCAGUUGGGAGCAGCGGAUUGCGCAGAUUGCAGAGUAGUAUUAGCAAUGACCUUUCAAUUACAAGCUACGGUUCGAUGGCCAACUAGGAAUUAUACAAAUCCGUGUCCGUGUCCGUAUCAGGGUUUGAUUAUCACAACACACCUCUUAGCAUAAUUAGUCUCCUCUCGCAAAGGCACACCAACACCUCGUCCAGUUCCCUCCCUUGCUCAUGUCCAUGUUCACGUUCAGCCUCGGCAAAGGGCAACUUGACAGCCGCUACCCCCAUGAGCGCACCACUACCCUCGCUUCUCGCCUGCUCAUCCUCCCCCAAUUCUGCAUCCAAUCUGAUCACUCGU